AUUGACACCUGCCUGGACAGUGGACUCUUACAGCACACCUGUUGCUGCCAUGCAUGUCCAGCAGUGACUGCUGCACCCGUGUGCUCUUUCUUGGUCACCGGUAUGUUCGCUGCGGCGACUAAGAACUUUGUGAAGCAGGUGGGAGACACAGGUCGGCUGAUCCCCGUACCGAGCCUGAGUGAGGCUGACCGCUACCAACCCCUCAGCCUGGUCACCAGGAAGAGGAAAAGACACUUCUGGAAGAAAACCAAGUACGCCUCAACCCCCUUCUCCCUGAAAGACAUCCUGGUGGGGGAGAAGGAGAUCACUGCUGGUACAGUCCACUGAGAGGAGGGAUGCAUGUUUAUCAGCAGCUAUUAACGCCCAUGUCAUGCAUUAUAGUGCAUUAUGAAUGGCUCAUAAGGCAUUAUAAUGGGCUUAUAAUGCAUUAUAACUGUCUCUCUCUUUGACAAAGUAAAGCAUGUGUUUCUGCAGAUGUAAAGCUAGUCUCAUACAAUAUCAGAUGUCUUUAACAAUACAUUUUAUUCCAUUCAAACAGGGGUGUCGUCGUACCAGCUCCUGAACUAUGAGGACAAGUCUGACGUGGCCCUGAACGGCAGGUUAGGGAACCACCUGAUGAACGACGUGGGGUUCAACAUCAGUGGUUCAGACUCUGUGGCUGUCAAAGCCUCCUUUGGGAUCGUCACCAAACACGAGGUGGAGGUCCCAACUCUACUCAGGGAACUCAACUCCAGGUACACUGCAGGUGGUGGAAAAUAGCUUAGAUUUUAAUUAAUUGCAUUCUGGUUUUGUUUCUGAUAAGAUAUUACCAAGGGUCAUAUGGUGAUGACAAACAACUAGUACAGUGGGGGAAAAAAGUAUUUGGUCAGCCACCAAUUGUGCAAGUUAUCCCACUUAAAAAGAUGAGAGAGGCCUGUAAUUUUCAUCAUAGGUACACGUCAACUAUGACAGACAAAAUGAGAUUUUUUUUCUCCAGAAAAUCACAUUGUAGGAUUUUUUAUGAAUUUAUUUGCAAAUUAUGGUGGAAAAUAAGUAUUUGGUCAAUAACAAAAGUUUCUCAAUACUUUGUUAUAUACCCUUUGUUGGCAAUGACACAGGUCAAACGUUUUCUGUAAGUCUUCACAAGGUUUUCACACACUGUUGCUGGUAUUUUGGCCCAUUCCUCCAUGCAGAUCUCCUCUAGAGCAGUGAUGUUUUGGGGCUGUCGCUGGGCAACACGGACUUUCAACUCCCUCCAAAGAUUUUCUAUGGGGUUGAGAUCUGGAGACUGGCUAGGCCACUCCAGGACCUUGAAAUGCUUCUUACGAAGCCACUCCUUCGUUGCCCGGGCGGUGUGUUUGGGAUCAUUGUCAUGCUGAAAGACCCAGCCACGUUUCAUCUUCAAUGCCCUUGCUGAUGGAAGGAGGUUUUCACUCAAAAUCUCACGAUACAUGGGCCCAUUCAUUCUUUCCUUUACACGGAUCAGUCGUCCUGGUCACUUUGCAGAAAAACAGCCCCAAAGCAUGAUGUUUCCACCCCCAUGCUUCACAGUAGGUAUGGUGUUCUUUGGAUGCAACUCAGCAUUCUUUGUCCUCCAAACACGACGAGUUGAGUUUUUACCAAAAAGUUAUAUUUUGGUUUCAUCUGACCAUAUGACAUUCUCCCAAUCCUCUUCUGGAUCAUCCAAAUGCACUCUAGCAAACUUCAGACGGGCCUGGACAUGUACUGGCUUAAGCAGGGGGACACAUCUUGCACUGCAGGAUUUGAGUCCCUGGCGGCGUAGUGUGUUACUGAUGGUAGGCUUUGUUACUUUGGUCCCAGCUCUCUGCAGGUCAUUCACUAGGUCCCCCCGUGUGGUUCUGGGAUUUUUGCUCACCGUUCUUGUGAUCAUUUUGACCCCACGGGGUGAGAUCUUGCGUGGAGCCCCAGAUCGAGGGAGAUUAUCAGUGGUCUUGUAUGUCUUCCAUUUCCUAAUAAUUGCUCCCACAGUUGAUUUCUUCAAACCAAGCUGCUUACCUAUUGCAGAUUCAGUCUUCCCAGCCUGGUGCAGGUCUACCAUUUUGUUUCUGGUGUCCUUUGACAGCUCUUUGGUCUUGGCCAUAGUGGAGUUUGGAGUGUGACUGUUUGAGGUUGUGGACAGGUGUCUUUUAUACUGAUAACAAGUUCAAACAGGUGCCAUUAAUACAGGUAACGAGUGGAGGACAGAGGAGCCUCUUAAAGAAGAAGUUACAGGUCUGUGAGAGCCAGAAAUCUUGCUUGUUUGUAGGUGACCAAAUACUUAUUUUCCACCAUAAUUUGCAAAUAAAUUCAUUAAAAAUCCUACAAUGUGAUUUUCUGGAUUUUUUUUCCUCAAUUUGUCUGUCAUAGUUGACGUGUACCUAUGAUGAAAAUUACAGGCCUCUCUCAUCUUUUUAAGUGGGAGAACUUGCACAAUUGGUGGCUGACUAAAUACUUUUUUCCCCCCACUGUAUGUCAGGUUAGUUGACAUAUAACUACAAUGAUUAAAUGUCACUAUUUUAACAUAUCGAGAGCUUGGUUUUUGUCAACAUGUAGUUAUUGACCUAGCCUUGUUUUGUUCAAUGUGCUCUACCUAUACAGUAGUCUAAAGACCUACAUUCAUGUUAAAUUCAAAAGAAUACAAUAUAAAAACUGCUGACACCAUUCAAACCAAUGAGGGUUCGGAACUUUAAAGCCAAUUAUCUCAGAAUCCUCUUUUUGCAGAUAGAACCUUAACAGUCCCAAGCUCUCGAUAUUCUAACGAGACCAUGUUGGUUGUACAUACUGUACAUUACACAUGGACAGUAAAAGUGAGAAGUCUUUCAGACACAGGUUUGUGUACUGCUUUCUUUCCACUGUAGGAAAGUGGAUCUGGAUCACUGUUUGAUUCGUCAGUCCAAAGAAAGUGGGCGGAGCGUUCUCUGCGUUGUCAUGGAGAGCAUCCGCACGACGCGUCAGUGUUCUCUCACUGUCCACGCAGGCAUGAGACGGACGACUAUGAGGGUAAACACACACCUACACACACACAGUACACACACCUACACACCACACACACACACUGUACCGUACACACAGAAACACUGACAUCUGACACUUGUGUAUUAGCAGGUAAUGGUUGAAUGGAUGAAUGCCCUGUCUCACCUAUCUGACUGGUGUUCUACAGUUUCAGAUUGAUGAUGGUCGAAACCCCAAAGGUCGAGACAAGGCCAUAGUGAUCCCAGCUCACACCACCAUCGCAUUUAGCAUCUUUGAACUGUUUGUUCGAUUGGAUGGACGACUUGGUGAGACAUCUACCACACACACACAGACACAAUUAGACUUGACCACCAUUUUGCUCUCUCUCUCUCUCUCUCUCUCUCUCUCUCUCUCUCUCUCUCUCUCUCUCUCUCUCUCUCUCUCUCUCUCUCUCUCUCUCUCUCUCUCUCUCUCUCUCUCUCUCUCUCUCUCUCUGUCUCUGUCUCUCUCUCUCUCUCUCUCUCUCUCUCUGUCUCUCUCUCUCACUCUCUCUCUCUCUCUCUCUUUCUCUCUCUCACACACACACACACUAACAUAGUUCCCCUUCUCCUGAUCAGACAUCUGUGUAAGCCCUGAGUCGUCGGGCGGAUUUGAGAAGGAGCUGAUCAGAGAGCAGCUGGGUGGUUUCAUUGGUCGAUUCUCUAUGGGACGGCUACGCAGGUUCCUGUCUGGGAUUGUGUAUGGAAACCCCUUCAGAGCAGGUGGGAACCUCCUUUAAUAUCUUAACCUUUUACUGCAGUGGGCUAAGUCAGGGUCACAGAGUGUUUCUUGGUAGUCUUAAACAAAUCUACUUUGAAACAAAAGUAUACACCUCACACACAUGGUUAUGGGCUUAAAAAAAGAAGACACCUGUACCAUGUCAGAUAUAGAGUUGAAAUGUAUCCCAAUAUUACACUUUAUAUUCAUCAUAGAAGACUGAAAUAUAACAAAACUGUUUGACAUAUACGAAACAACCGGAUUUUCUGUGUAAAAAAAAAAGAAAUGUUUAUUCAUUAUGAAAUUAUGAAAAAUAUGAAUAACAUAGGUGAUUUGACUGCAGGAAAGGGCUUCACCACCCUCCUGAUCUAAUCAUAGAGAAAAUCAAAAAGACUAGAACAAUCAGAUCUAAUCUUACCAGUAUAAUGCUGUUUAAACAAGGUACAGGUCCAAAAGUGAUCUAAUCUUACCAGUAUAAUGCUGUUUACAGAAGGUACAGGUCCAAAAGUGAUCUAAUCUUACCAGUAUAAUGCUGUUUAAACAAGGUACAGGUCCCAGCGUGUUCUAAUCUUACCAGUAUAAUGCUGUUUAAACAAGGUACAGGUCCCAGCGUGUUCUAAUCUUACCAGUAUAAUGCUGUUUAAACAAGGUACAGGUCCCAGCGUGUUCUAAUCUUACCAGUUUAAUGCUGUUUAAACAAGGUACAGGUUCCAAAGUGCUUAUCAACAAAUGGCCCAGGUGGGUCUAACCCUUAUCCUGGAGAACAAUUAUUAGCUGAAUAUUGUUGAGAACAAUAUACACAUAGGGAUCCUAAUAAAAUACCCCAAAAGAGUAUAAACACAUAUAAAUACAAACCAGUGGAGGCUGGUGGGCGGAGCUAUAGGAGGAUGGGGUCAUUGUAAUGGCUGGAAUGGAAUUAAUUGAACGGAGUCACACGUGAUUUCUAUAUUUUUAUGUGUUUGAUACGUUCCAUUUAUUACAUUACAGCCAUUACAAUGAGACCGUCCUCCUAUAGCUCCUCCCACCAGCCUUCACUGAUAAAAAAUGCUAAUAAAAGCACAGGGUGAUGUAAAGCUAAUGAGUGAAAGCAAAAUAAUCCCUGCACAUUUUCAGAUGUUACAGUGACACUCUUAUCCUCAUCCUUCCUUUCCCCUACUCAAGACGACAGGACGUUUGAGGAGCUCACCCACACCCACUCAGACACCUACAUGGACGACGUAGUGACAGACUACUACGAAAAGGCAGCCAGCAUGACGGACGUCUCCACCACCUACCUGAGAGGGGACUCCCACUCCCGCGUCAACCUCCUCAACCACAACAUCCCCAAGGGCCCCUGUGCCCUGUGUGGCCGGGGCCAGACGCCGAGGGAGACGGUCUACGGCUGUCUGGAGUGCUCCUCCGGCGGGCACAAGUACGUCAGGCUACACGUGGUGCCCUGCUUCGACCUGUGGCACAAGACACUCAGG